AUCAAAUAACGCUUUAAAGAAAGUCUUAUUUGUUCGGUUUCAUGUCUUAUAAACCUUCACUCAAAGUUCAAAACUUCAAAAACGAACUUAAAUAGUAUUUUUCAUUAAACGUUACCUGUCGAGCGACGGCCUUCCGGUUUACUCACAAAUCACAGUCUCACAGUAGAACCGCAGGAGGUCGCCACUGGUUUCACUAUCGCUCAAUGGACACUAUAUUCAUUUGGAAGCUACUUUUCAGAAGCUGGUUCGCGACACCAAACACAUGCACCUGCUGCAACAACAUUCCAACAUGCAGAUGUUCCGACUGGAGGGUCAUGAGAUUCAACUUGUGGGUCAGCUGCAGCGGCAACAGAGGAACCUUCAAUUCUGUGACACCCUGCUCCAAACGGAUGGAAUCUCCAUCCCGACCCACAGCUGCGUCCUGGCAGCCCUCAGUCCAUACCUGUCUGAGCGACUGUCAGCCACGGCGCCGCCUCCUUUUGGUCACAAACGCCAUCUUCAAAUCCAAUCGAUCACAGCCGCGACUCUGCUGAAGCUGGUCGGUCUCCUCUAUUCUGGCAAAAUGGAGGUAAUCGGAAGUGAUGAAAGCAAUGACGUGUUGGCAGCUGCCCGUCAGUUUGGAAUCAAAAGCCUCAAAGAAGAUCACCUGAACAACGGCAAUGAAAAGAAGUACAUGCAUUGUGAAAAAUAUAGUGUUAAAACUCCACCAGGAAGCAAAUGGCCACGGAGCUGGACAAAGCGGGAUGCACAAGUGCAAGUAGGGAAGGCAUGUGAUCAUUGCGGGGCAUAUUCCUUAGUGAAAAAGCGAAGUUUCGGGACUCAGACUGAGUCUCUUGAACAAGAUAAUCCUUUAACUCCUCAGACACUUGACCCUGUGUUAUCUCCAGAGCAGAAUUUGUCUACCACAGCACAGAACAACAACAACAAAACACAUGACCUGGACUUAGGCAAACAGCCAAACAACAGUGAUUCCACGUUAACUCCAGAGCCCCUGAAUCUCUCUCUCAAUCCUCCGCGCCACUCAGUAAGCCCUCGCAAAGUUGUGAUCCAAAAAGACACAGUGGACCAUGCUCAAGGAGAGGAGGCUCCGGAGCAGACCAUCGAUCCUCUUCAGACGACCUCUGAAGUUAAGAUGGGGAGCUCCACUGUUAGAGUUUGUCCCACUAAAAAAGUGGCAAGGAAGAACCUGACGAGGAUGAGGCAGAUGGAAACCGAAAGAUUUUCCUUUAAGGUGAAGCUGAGGAGGAAGAGCAGUGGAGGAGUGUGGGAAGUGGUGGGCUUCCAGGACUUGGAUGAGAAGCUAUCCUCUCUUGCCCCACAGGGAAGUUUAGACCCCAGAAGUCAACAGUUGACAGACGUCUGCUAUUCACCUUCCUCUGACAAAAGCGAACCGUCUGCCGCAGCUCAGCCUCAAGACUGCGCUGUAGAAAGUGAGGAGCAAAUAGAGAAGCUGCUGGAGGACAUUAUGAUGGGCCUUGACAUCCUUCCUGACUUGGAGUCUGAUCAUAAGAAGUCGGGUUGCCUUCAACAGAACCAGCAAGACUUCUUGACCUCUGACUCAGUCAGGGAACAGGAUCCUGUGCAGAUUAACCAGGAUCCUCUGACAGAGACCGGCGCAUCUGAAGGAAGAGCUCCGAGCCAACCCAUCAAACAUGGCGAGACCUUGCAGCAGGAAAACGUCUCAGACGGACAGCGUGAAAGUCCUAAUCCAGAUAUCGCAUCUGAUCUGGGAGACACACUCUAUGCCCCAGGGCUCCAGGAUAUUCUGGGCAGCUCGCAAGAUGUGGACUGCUUCCCUUUGCUGCCUCUGCCAAAAAUGCAGCACCCGUGCUGUCUCUCUCCAAUAGAUCCACUGAGUCCGGAGGCUGAUCGACCCCCACAGGAUCCUGCUCAACCCUGGUUGCAACCCUGGCCCACACCAGAAGAUCAUAAUUGCAUCGCUGGUGACUCGGAUGUGGGAAAGACGGGACAAGAGCUUCUAGUGUCUCUUCAUAAUUCAGACCCCCAUACAAGCCAAAGCCAGACACAAGCAGAAGCAACAUUUCGCUCAGUGAGGCGAAAAAGAAGCGGUUCCAAAGACGACCAAGCAGUGAAACAGAGAAAGAUUCUGAAGCGCAACACUGUGAGUGAAGAGGUUGGGCCAAGGAUGGAAGUGAGCGAAGGAAAAACUGCGCUCAAAUGUGGAGGCGAACCAAGUCAGACAACAGCUAUUCAUGAAUGGGACAGCGGGGAAAAUGAGGCUGACCAAUCAAAGGUCCGGACCAGCGGUCCAGUGGUGGAGGACGGGAGCGUUCAACAGUCCACAGUCUCACUCCAGAAACAAAGAACUGGCAAAGUCAGACUAAAUCAGCGCCAUCAUGCAGCAGCGGCUCCAUCCACUGCAGCUGUGUGUUUAGAAGAGAUGAGCGAGAGGAGGAAUAAAGAAGUUGGCGGUAGCAGGACAGUUGAGACAGACGACUGUAACAUCCUCGUCUUGGGAGAGAGGAAGGCGCGUAAGCGGAUAGUCACACGUAAAGAUUAUCAAAAGUUUGUUAACGGCAGUAACAUGGCAGACGUGAAGAGUGGCUACCUCACAAACAUAGGUGCGGAUGAAAGCCAGAAGCACGACCCUGAAGAUGAGGGGAAGAUCAGUGGAGUUACUGCGGAUUGGAAAGAUGUCUCACAAGACGAGAAUCACAAUGAGAUUCUCCAGGUGAUGACUGACGACCAUCAUGACCGCAAGUCGCUCAGUCCAACUGCCUGUUGGUUAGACAGUUUGCUAGUGAACGUCACGGAAGAGUCUGCGGGGAGUCCACAGAAGCUCCCGGCACAAGAUGUACCAUUUGAAAAACUCCACAUGACUCCCAAAUAUGGGAACCCAGCCAACGGUGGACUCUCAGACUUCGAGGAGAAGCUGCCACACCCUCCCACUGAGGGGUCAACCUCCACACCAGACGCCCAUGUGCUCACUCUGAACCCUGCGUGCUCUACCGACGAAGAAAUUCUAGACCGUACAAGUGAACAUACUGAUUUAUUUCCUCAGACGGAAGAGGAUGAGAGCGAGGUGGAUGUCGUGCUUCAGUCACCUGGCCAAGAAGCCUGCGUCAUGGAGUGUGUUGAUAUGCUGCAUAUAUCCACUACAGAUGAAGAGGAGGAGGUCGAGGUCAAUGUCACAGAUGAUUCACAAUAGGUUCACUUUUAUGUUCUCCUUUUGUGGUUACAUUUCCAGAGAAGAGCAUUUGGUUUGUUUAAGAGUUUUUCUGCUGACCAAUCUGAGCAAGACGGUUUAAAUCUUUGUACUUAUCUUAAAUAUCUCCGUAUUGGUUUUGCAGCUCAGUUUCCCUAAAUUCAGUUCAUCUCAUGUAAAAUCAAUAACUGCAGUCUCUUGAAGUCAUUUUUAUGUUGUUGC